GUUGGUCCAGUCCCAGGUGUGUUGUGCCUAUUGUAUUGUUGUGAUGGUUUGUCUAGUGUCAUUGAGAAUUUCAAUAUUGUAGAGUUUGAAGAUUAUGAGCUUCUUUUGAGGGAUGUAUUGUGUGAGGGUGCCUGUCAUGUUGAUUUUGAAGGUAUCUAA